AUGCGUGGACCACCUGGUGUGUUCGUCAAUGGAGCUUCACACUGGUUAGCUGAUACAUAUCCAGUUAGAUCAAACAAUAAGUUCUCACAAGUCUUACUUUCUUUUAACAUGGCAGAAGAAGUCUUUAGCGAGUUACCACUGCUUGAAAUCUUUAAUGAUAAUCAUAAGUUUGAACAUAAACGCAUGGAUGUCUUGGAUGGGUUUUUAUGCAUGCUUUGUAGCCACUCUAGAGUUGGUUUUGAGGUAUGGAUGAUGACCCGUUAUGGAGUUAGAGACUCUUGGACCAAACACUACGCAAUUUCCCAAUCGAAAAUUGAUAUGAUUCCAUCAUUUCGGUACUUAAGGCGUUUGCAUUCAUUAAAAGAUGGAGAGAUCUUAUUAGAGGUUCUUUUAGAUACGUGGAAGUAUGACCCAAACCGUGAAAGAGCUAGAUUACUGAAGAUUGAUCUCGAAAAAUGUAAGCAAUGGAGAGACCCAUAUGCUAGUCAUUUAAAACUUUGUUUUCACAUGCAGACAUACGUGGAGAGCUUAGUUUCACUUCACACGGGCACUUAUGUGGGGGGUGGGCAAGAAGAGUCGGAUCUAGACAAAGCUAUAGAUAUUGCUUGGCCAUCUGACGAGUCUGAUUAA